CAGCAAACCCUCUCACCCAGGCUCCAAAUGACAGAUGAAAAGACGUCUUUUCGUGGUCUUUUCACCCACGAAAAGACCACGAAAAGACGUCUUAAUAACACCUCAUCGGACCAUCUGUCAUGGCGUGGUAAUGUAUACAUCUUGGUCUUAAUGUAUACAACUUGGUUGGUAAAGAAAAUAAAAACGUGCCGUUUUCAAGCAAGUAAAAACGAAAAAAAAUCUUGUUUUUUUCUUGUAGCUGUCAUUUAUUUAAAUUCAUACUUAUUCAUUCAUAUGCCAUAGCUGUGUGUAGUACCCCCCCUUUACCGGUGGCUAUCGUAUCUUUUCUGUGUUAUCAAUUAUAUAGGGUUAUAAGUUGAUUUGAACUUGUGCUUACCGAGUUGCUUGUCCUCCAUCUGAUCCGUGUGAGCUAUUGCGGUUGUGUUGUGUAGAGACGUAAACAUCCAAUAACAGAAGCAACCAAGCAACAUGGAAAACACACCACGCAAGAUUGUGGUGCUCAAUAUGAGAGACGGAAAAUAUGUUUUAUCCGAGAAGCCGCAGCCUACAGCUUCCUCAUCACAACCAACACUACAUCCAGAUUUUAUAAAACAACUACCAACGGCAAAAAAUAUAUCCAAGAACAUCCAACCUGCAACAAACAUCGUUCACCGCAAUGUUUCCGCAUCCAUUUCGGAUUCCAUUUUUUCCGCAUCCAACAAACCCAACAUUUCCAAACCCAUAAGCAGCAAUAGUCCCAUAAAUCUAGAGACAACAAAAUCCUCUAUAGACGCAGGAUUGCGCGAUCUUUUAGAUUCAAUUGGACAGAAAAUGGAUGACAUGACAAAAAAAAUUACAAAUUUGGACCAGAAACUUAAUGAAAUAGAAACUAACCACGCCAACAGGGUUCGAGUUGUUGAGAAAAAUCAAGCAAUUAUUAAAACUAAGCUGGACUUGAUCUUAGAUAAAAUCUCUCCUCGUCCAGGAUUGGUAACAAAUAGUUCAUUCAACUGGGAACCGAUCGCAUCCAAAGAAAUGUUGGAUGCAGUGAAUCAGCAGCUUAAUGAGCAAAAGUAUAAAAAAGAAUUUGAAGAAUAUCUGGAAUGCCAGCUGCCAACAGAUAGCUCGGAAGAAAGGCUUCAUUCAGCGAUGGACAUCAUAUUUGCCAGACAGUUUGUUAUAGAGAUGAGCUGGACGGGAAUUGGACAUUCGAACCAAAAAAUUCCGUUGUUUGGAUAUAAAAAUAUUCUUGCUUUAUUUAAGCACAUUGGAACCUUUCACGGAGUAACUCCAACUCCUCAAAAAAUUAAAACAUUCUUCCAAAAUAAAUUGAAGCAUGCCCGCCAAAGACUGAACCUAGAAGGUAAGAUUAAAUCCACGCACCACAGACAUCAACAUUCUCAUUAUUAGUGUUUUUUUGUUUUGUUAUAAAGUUCCUUCACUUACUAAGUGUCCUUAUUUUUUUAAAUACAUGAAAUAUGAUGUAAUAUG